AUGACGGUACAGGAUGAAGACCUCGAACGGCGCCGGUACAAGGCGCCGUACAGCACACACCGACCCAUACCGACCAUCCAAAAGUAUCAACAAGAGAAGGAGAAGCGCCAGGAAAACGCUAAAGGUGGUGCCCCACCACCGAAAGGACACGAAGAUGAGAAGGAAGAUCGAGACAGCGCGAACCGGUACCUCUACUCGAGAGAGCACAGCAAUGCCGGCUCCGACAACUCGGAUCUCGACAAUCCGGCGCACGAGAAAAAGGACCAUUCGCAUCGGUUCAAGAAGAAGCUUGUUGGCGGCGGUGCACAUGAUGCUGCAGACUUGAUGCACGACACGUCCGAGGCUCCUGUUCAAGACCAAGAUCCAAAGACGCGACGCAAGGCUAUAGGCAAGAGCAAGCGGAAAGGCGAGCGCGCCUACCGAGAGGUCACCGAUCCAGUCACCCAUCUUCCUGUCCGCAUUCACGACUUGCAACCUGGAGACCUGAAAAGAGUACCCGAGAACCUAGGGCCACCAGGCUCCGAGACUAGGUCGGCGACUGGUCUAGCCAACAAGAGGAAGAGUCAGGAUAUAUUGGCAGAUGAGACACAAGAGAUUGGAAGACACCAUGCUGCCUUGGAGAACCUCUUCCCCCCACCAGACUUUGACGAGAUCAGGAACCGCAUGAACAAGAUACAAAAGCUGGGGAUAGCAAUAGGUGUGGUCGCUGUCUUUGUCGCCAUUGGCCUCUACAAAACUAUCGGUGCAUUCUUUUUCGAUCGCAACGACGCACAUGCUGGCGUCUCGUGGAGCUUCCUUUGGCCAUACCUCUCAAGCGGGUUUGCCACCAUCAUGCUCGUUGUCCUUACGGUUGCUGUCAUGUUCUGGAUUCACAAAUGGACUGAUAGACAAGUUCACAGGCUAUGGGAGGAAGAGAUCUGGCACGCCGACAAGCACUCCGCAAAGAGUCAAGAUGGCAAGGAGGAAACCACCCAAUGGCUCAACAACAUGUUGACCUCGCUUUGGCCGCUCGUCAACCCCGACCUUUUCAUCUCCCUGGCCGACACGGUCGAAGACGUCAUGCAGGCCUCGCUUCCGUCAAUCGUCCGCAUGGUCAGCAUCGAGGAUAUCGGCCAGGGCAGUGAGUCAAUGCGUAUUCUGGGUGUCAGAUGGCUUCCCACCGGUGCUGCUGCACGGUCGGUUGGUGCCGAUGGCAAGCUCAGCCCUGAAGCUCAAGACAGCCACAACGACCGCAAUGUGCCCGGCGAUCAGGAGGAGGCAGACGACAAACAGAUUGCCGAAGGCAUGGAGGCCGAGGAAGGUGACUUCAUCAACCUUGAAGUUGCCUUCGCUUACAGAACUCGGUCUACCUCGAAGAAGUUCAAGGACAGAGCAAAGCACGCUCACUUGUACAUCUCGUUCUACCUUCCUGGAAACAUCAAAAUUCCGGUAUACGUUGAUUUGAGAGGCUUUGUCGGUAUCAUGCGCUGCAGGCUGCAGCUGACACCAGAUCCCCCGUUCUUCGCCUUGUGUACCUUUACUCUUCUUGGCCAGCCCAAUGUUGAUGUGGCGUGCACUCCGUUGACGAGAAAAGGCCUGAACAUCAUGAAUCUGCCGGUCAUAUCGCAUUUCGUCCAGACCGCUGUUGAUGCCGCAGUGGCUGAAUACGUCGCACCCAAGAGCAUGACCAUCAAUCUCCAAGACAUGAUUGCUGGCGAGGACUUCAAGAAAGACACUAGAGCAAAGGGUGUCAUAGUGGUCAAGGUCAAGCGUGCUUUCGACUUCAAGGAAGGAGAUCCUGCUAUUCCGUUGGUUAGAGAAGGCUCGGCCGAUCCAUAUGUAACGGUGGGCUGGGCCAAAUUCGUCAAGCCACUAUGGUCAACUCGUGUUAUUCUAUCCGAGAUGAACCCUCAUUGGGAUGAAACUGCAUUUAUCCUGGUCACCGCCGACGAAUUGGACGUGGAUGAAAGACUUCGUGUACAGCUCUGGGACUCCGAUCGCUUCACUGCAGAUGACGAUCUUGGACGUAUAGAGAUGGAUUUGAAAGAACUAAUCCACAACAAAGAGACGAGGGGCAAAAUGUCCGAUCGAAUUGAUGGUUUCAAGGCUCUACAUGCUGGCGAAGGUCUUCCGGGCAAACUUGAAUGGAGUGUUGGCUAUUUCCCAAAGGCCCACAUUAUUGAGGAGCAACUCAAACGCCAGACAGAGCGACCGGAGAUUCGCUCGCGAGAUGCGCUGGAGAAAAUGGUUGAAGAGUCAGCUGGACGUAAACUCCGUGAAGCCAAAAAGGAUGAGAGCAGAGAAACCGAACAGCUCAAGCUACAGCAAUACAAGGAGGUGGAAGAUGCGAUGAUCAUCUCUGCACCACCUCUUCACGAUUAUCCCAGCGGCAUACUGGCCAUUCAGAUUCACGAAGCUACCGGACUGGAAGUACGUGCUCAUCACAAUGCCGCGCGUUAUAACGAUGAUCCGGAGCCGAGUGGAAUCGAAGAACAGGGCGAUGAACUUCCGUCCUGCUACUGCAAUAUCGUUCUCAACCACCAAAAGAUCUACCGCACACGUGUCAAGCCCAAGAACGCAAAGCCAUUCUUCAAUGCAGGCACUGAGCGCUUCAUUCGCGAUUGGAGGACUGCAGAGGUUUAUGUGGUCGUACGAGACGCUCGUGUACAUGAAGAUGAUCCUGUCAUGGGCAUUGUGCGUCUGCCGCUGAUCGAUAUCAUGAAGAAACGCUCGCAAGUCAACGGCACCUAUCCUUUGUACGGCGGCGUAGGCUACGGCCGCAUUCGAGUCAGCAUGGUCUUCCGCUCCGUAGAGAGUCAGCUGCCAAAGGAAUUGCUGGGAUGGGAUUGGGGCACCCUCGUCGUUGAUCCUCGUAUCACUUCCGGCUCAAACUUCCCUUCCGACCUCCAAGGCUGUCGUAUUAAGAUCCAAACAGCCAUCAGUGUUGCCCAUAUGAAAGCACACAAAGACGAAAACGCAUGGGCAAGCCGCCACAACAAUGGUGUCCACCUAGGUGUCCGCCGCCGCUACGCCAGCUGCCUGAUCAUCCAGUUCCGCAAAGACACUGCUCUACGCGAUAAGACGGCCGCUUUCGCUGUCCUCUGGCUCUGCGACAUUCCUGACAACGAACAGAUAUCUCUGACUCUACCUGUGUGGAAGGGCGACCUCAAACGCGCGACAACAUGCAAACUCGAGUCCUACGGUGACAAGGUCGGCGAACUAAACCUCAAGCUCAAGUUCUGCAGAGGGUUAAGCAGAUACCACAAAAAGGUCGCCAAGCACGACAAACACCUCAGCGAUGUCUUUGAAGUCGUCGAAACCGCAAGAUUCCAAAUGACGAAUAGCGAGCAAAACGACCCAGGCGCUGUCAAAAACAAAAACAUCUCAAACGACGAAUCCGACGACUCUUCCUCAUCCUCUGGCUCUGACUCUGACUCCUCAACCUCCACCGAAUCGCCCAACAAACUCUCUCGCAUCAAAAAGAGACUUGGAAGCAGAAAUGUAGUUGAUAGCUAUCAAGAGUAUCGCGAGCAUAGCAAACAGAUCAACCGCAGGCAUAGAGGUGUGAUGCAAUUCAAAAGCGCGAGGACCAUGUGGUGGAUGAAGCAUAAAGCUGAGCAUUUACAAGAUCGCAUCAGUGGGAUUUUUGAGCAUCAUGAGAGGACUACGGGUAUCGAGAGUGAGGCAUAA